AUGUCACUCUCAAAGUCUCUUCGAUCUCUCCCUGCUUCUACUAAGCAGGUCUACGACUAUGUGGUUGUUGGUGGUGGAAGUGCCGGCUAUGUAAUGGCCAAUCGCCUCGCAUCGAAUCCCAAUGUACGAGUGGCUUUACUAGAGACAGGCUUAGAUGAUAACACACAGCUCAUCCGCAACCCCAGUGGGUUUUUCUGGACCAAGAACUGUAACGGUAGGAACAAGUUACAGCCUCGUGGUCGCGGUGUCGGUGGCUCCUCUGCGAUUAACGCUAUGGAGAAUAAAUGCAACAGUUGGGAAUGGAAGAAUGUACUACCCAUUUUCAAGGAAUUGGAGAAUAAUAAUACACUUAAAAAUAACCCAUACCACGGUAACGAAAGACCUCUUCAUGUGCGGACGCAGAAUCACAUUGGCCCAUACAGUAAGCGCAUUGUCAAAGCAGGCAACGAGUUGGGAUGGAAAACAACCGAUGACUUUAAUGGAGCAGACCAGUCUGGAGUAGGGUAUUAUCAGUACACACAGACCAAAGGUGGACGUUGCAGCACUGGUGUUGCCUUUCUGACCCCAAAGGUCCGAGCUCGCCCAAAACUGGAUGCUAUUGUUGAUGCUCAUACCACAAAGGUACUCACGGAAGGCAAACGGGCGACUGGAGUGCAUGCAGUGGUAUCAGGCAGCUCAGAUUCUGCUAACGCCGUAACAUUCGAAGCGAAAAACGAUGUUGUCCUGUGUGGUGGUGCAUUUAACAGUCCACAGUUACUGAUGCUUUCAGGAAUUGGCCCUAAGGACCAGCUUACUAAGCACGGAAUUGAUGUAGUAUAUGAAUUGCCAGGAGUGGGACAGAAUCUUCAGGAUCAUGGCGACAUCUGCGUAAAUGCAAAAACUUCGAGAAUAAGUAUGCCACUGCAAAUCGGGCUCACCAACCUACCAAGUCAGAUCAAGCACUUCUUCCUAGGUCUUUUCAAGAAAGAAGGAGUGUUCAUGGGAGACAAUCAAAUGGUCGGCUCUUUCUUCAAAAGCAAGCCUGAUAUUCCCGCUAAUGAUUUUCAAAUGCAUGUCGCACCCUUCUACUACAAAGAUCAUGGUGCCACUUUAAGAUACGGUGGUGGCAUCUCGGUCAAAUCGUGCUAUAUGCGGCCCGAGUCUCGCGGGACAGUCGGUCUGAAUUCGGCUAACCCAAUGGAGGGGCCACUGAUUGUCCCCAACUACUACAAUGUGUCCGCCGACUUUGACCCCAUGGUGGCUGCAGUACGAAAGAGCAUCGAGCUGGUUCAAACCAAGACCCUGGCAGAAGAUAACCUGAUGGUUAGUGGAUUUGGCGAUAAGGAUGUUAACAACCUUACCGACAGAGACAUCAAGGAGUAUCUGCGUGAAAAUACUGAAUCCAUCUACCACCCGGUAUCUACCUGUAGAAUGAGUCCAUCAUCAUACCCUAUGGCAGUGGUGGAUAACUCCAAUGGUCUGAAAGUACAUGGAAUGGAAGGACUCAGGGUGAUCGACGCCUCCGUCAUGCCCACAGUAGUAUCUGGAAACAGGAAUGCACCUACCAUGGUAAUAGGCCAGAAAGCUUACAAUCAAAUGGUUGGUCAGGAUAGAGUUGUCGACAUCACUGAUUCACCACUGGUAGCUAAUCAAUUGUAA